CGUCACUAUCGCGCGCCGGAAGAGCAGUGAGAUUCCCGGGCUAUGAACCGCAAGAGGCGGCUCCUGGCGUCGGAGGCCUUCGGAGUGAAGCGGCGGCCGCGGCAGCAGCAGCAGCAGCGGGCGUCGGGGCCCGACCCUCUGAGGGCGGGCGCAGGGUCGGCGCGCCAGGCGGUGGAGGAGCUCGUGCAGCUGUUCCCCCGCGGGCUGUUCGAGGACGCGCUGCCGCCCAUCGCGCUCAGGAGCCAGGUGUACAGCCUCGUGCCUGACCGGACGGUGGCCGACCUGCAGCUGAAGGAGCUUCAGGAGCGCGGAGAGAUCAGGGUCAUCCAGCUGGGCUUUGACUUGGACGCCCAUGGAAUUGUCUUCACUGACGACUACAGGACCAGAGUCCUCAAGGCCUGCGAUGGCCGACCGUGUGCUGGGGCGGUGCAGAAGUUCCUGGCCUCGGUGCUCCCAGCCUGUGGGGACCUUAGUUUCCAGCAGGACCAGAUGACACAGACUUAUGGCUUCAGGGACCCGGAGAUCACGCACCUGGUAAAUGCUGGAGUCCUCACCGUCCGAGACGCUGGGAGCUGGUGGCUGGCCGUGCCUGGAGCCGGGAGAUUCAUCAAGUGCUUUAUUAAAGGGCGCCAGGCCGUACUCAGCAUGGUGCGGAAGGCCAAGUACCGUGAGCUUCUGCUGUCGGAGCUCCUGGGCCGCAGGCCCCCGUCGGCAGUGCGGCUCGGCCUUGCCUACCACGUGCACGACCUCAUCGGGGCCCAGCUGGUGGACUGCGUCUCCACCAGUUCUGGAACCCUCCUUCGCCUGCCAGAUACGUGAGGAGUCGACUCUUGGAUUCUUCAGCUCACUUCACUGUGUGAGGCUUCUGGAAGCUCUGCUCCUGGACGGCUGAGUGGUCACCCGGAUGGGUGCCAGGCCCUGCUGCUGCAAGCUGGGGCCCCACCCUGAGUGGGCCGUGUGCGCCGCGGCUCUGCACUUCUGUGGGUGCGGAGCCAGGAGCCGUGCCGAGGGGACCGGAAGGUGGGAUUGCUGGGGACACUAGUGAAGGGAGCAGGAAACUGCCCCGUGUCGGGUGGAAACUGCCAAAUAAAAUUCUUGUGCCUGUG